AUGAAAAUAGUUGAGAAGGAAAAGAAAGGCAUGCUGUCCCUCUGGCCUCUCCCCCAGCUCCUGAGGGUACAAGAGCACCAAUCCACCCUCUCUCCUCCUCCUCUGUCCCCAGAGUACACAGGGUUCAGGCUGGUGAACGGCAGCACAGCGUGUGCGGGGAAGGUGGAGGUCCAGGUGCUGGGGACCUGGGGGACCCUCUGUGCCUCCCGCUGGGAUCUCUCGGAUGCCCACGUUCUCUGUCAUCAACUCAACUGUGGGUUUGCUGAGGCCAUUCCUGGAGGAGAGCAUUUUGGGAGAGAGACUGGCCCUGUCUGGAGAGACUCCUUCCACUGUGACGGCACUGAAGCCCACCUAGCACAGUGCCCAGUGAUCACCCUGGGGGCCUCACCAUGCUCCCACGGGAACACUGCUGCUGUCAUUUGCUCAGGCUCAGCCGGCUUUGCAUCCCUGCGGCUGGUGGGCGGAGGGAGCCGGUGCGACGGAUGAGUGGAGAUCUUCCAGCAUGGGAUGUGGGGCAGAGUUCUGGAUGAUGAGUGGGACGUGCAGGAGGCCAGUGUGGUGUGCCGGCAGCUGCGGUGCGGAGAGGCAGGGACAGCCUACAACCCCCCAAAGCCUGAGCGAGGGACGGGCCCCGUGGGGCUGCGAGGGGUCCGGUGCGCAGGGCAUGAGGCCAACCUGGCCCUCUGCAACACCUCCCUGCCUGAGAGUGCACUGGCAGCAGGGGUUGCGGAAGACGUGGGAGUCAUUUGCUGGGGUGGGUGGGCAGCCAGGCCCUGACAGCAAUUGGGCUUUCUACCCACUACAGGGAGCCGGCGGGUCCGACUGGUGAACGGGACUGGGCGCUGUGCUGGGAGAGUGGAGCUGUACUACCAGGGCACCUGGGGGACUGUGUGUGAUGAUGGCUGGGACCUGUCUGAUGCCGCCGUCGUUUGCCACCAGCUGGGCUGUGGAGGGGCGGUGGAGGCGGCUGGCUCUGCUCGGUUUGGGGAAGGCUCCGGGCAGAUCUGGCUGGAUGGCGUGAACUGCUCUGGGACCGAAGCUGCUCUCUGGGACUGCCCUGCUGGGCCCUGGGGGCAGCACGACUGCGGGCACAAAGAGGACGUGGGAGUCAUCUGCUCAGAGUUUGUGGCCCUGAGGCUGGAGGACAGCGACGGCUGCUCCGGGCGCCUGCAGGUUUUCUACAACGGGACAUGGGGGAGCAUUUGCUCCAACUCGAUGACUCUUGACACGGUGUCACUGGCAUGCCAGGAGCUGGGCUGCGGGGAUGGAGGAUCCCUGGAAACACGCCUGCCCUACGGCAGGGUGUCUGGCCCUGCCUGGCUGGAUAACGUGCAGUGUGGGGAGAAAACCAGCUCCUUCUGGCAGUGUCCCUCCACUCCCUGGAACCCGCAGUCAUGUGAAGACCUGCGAGAUGAGAUCCACAUCACCUGCAAUGAUCCCACUCGAGGCCGUCUGACUGGCAGCGGGAGAGUCUCAGUGCCCGUCAUCAUCUGCAUCAUCCUGGGGGCCCUUCUCUGCCUGCUCCUGGCCCUCCUGGCUGGGCAAGUGCUAAGCACCAGGACUGGGCGCAGAGGCUCCAGGAGAGCUCAGGAGCUCUUCCCCGAGGCCGUGUACGAGGAGAUCGGUUACAGCCCAGCAUGGGAGAAGCAGGCGAGGUUUGGUCGCUCAGAUGUUCUUGUCCUGGCCGCAGAUUUCUUCUUAUUAAAAGUCUCUGAGGGCUUUGACCCACAGCUGGUGCUUGCCUGCCCAGGUGGCGGGGUGUCUCCCUGA